UUGCUUUAGUAAAAAGUGAGAAAAACACUUUAUUUUGCGAAGCACGAUGCUUUAAAAAUCUGAAUAGCAUUAUAACAGGCUAUCAGCUAUGAAUGAAAACGAUCUUACCAACUUCUUAGUAUCUUUUAGUGGUCACAUAGAGUUUGUUAGGUUUCCUGCGGGUGUAUUUGACGACCAACUGUAUUUGCACUAUGAAGUUACUUGGGGACCAGAUUGGGACCCCAUUUCUGGUCUAAGCUCUGGUGUGAGCCAGAUGGCCAGAUUUGGAAGUGACCCAGAGCGAGUGGUUUUUAAUAUGCCAGUAGAAAUGACGUUCGGUAGUACGAAUGUGUAUGGAUGGCCGCAGCUCAUCACAACAGUCCGCGCUAGGAACAGCUUAACAGGGGACUGUUUACGUGGCUACGCCCUGUUCUUGUUGCCCCCUGCGCCAGGCACACAGCAGCUAACUGCACCGCUGAUUUGUCCGCGCUCCGCCACUGUACUGGGGGAGUGGUUGGCGUGGGCCACUGGCAAAAACCCGGAGUUGGCUGACCCAAAGAUGCUGGCGAACGGCAAGGAUAGCUAUUUGAUCCGGACCUCUUCUUACGGGACGGUAGAGCUACGGAUGACGAUGGUCUCGAAAGACUUAAGAAAACUUGGCUACGACAAUCAGCCCGCCAAAGCUACAUACCUAAGUCAAUAAAUGCAUUUUUUGUAAA